AGCGCUUAGUUGUUUCGGAGAUCUCGUGCGGGUAACAUUGAUUAUUAACGUAUUCGAAUUCGUGUCAUCAAAUACAUCGUUUAAUUAUUAAAUUCCUAUUAAACAUAAUAUAAUCAUUCAAAAUCGAAAUUGUGUUUUCUUGUAGAAUUUUGUUUCUUUUUUAUUUGGAUUUUUUUUAUUUAAUUUUUUUUUAUUAUGAAUUAGUUUGUAUUUAUAAAUAUGUUUUUUUAUUUUAUUAAUGAUGUAAAGUGAUAUAUAAUAUUAUUUUUGAAUGUUGUGAAAAAAAAGGAAAGGAAGGAAGUAAGAAAAAAAGAGAGAAGAAAAUAGUGAAUGCGAUUAAAGACGUGUGCCAAAUUAGACACGCUCGCUUAUUCAUCGGAUAUACCCAGAUUUUUUCAAAAUGGAGGACCAUCCAACGAGCUGUCUUCUUUUUUUAAGAAUACUUACCUAAGGAUGACACGAUGAGAGGAAAACCACAAACUUAUUCUAAGCAGAAAUACGCAAAAACGAUACGCGGAAAAAGAUCGGGAGGGGUCACAGCGGUUGGAGUGGUGAGAUCAGGUCGUGGUACUUUACUGAGGACACUUGUCCUCGUAUUUCUGGCGACGUUUCUCUGGCUGCAGCUUCAUGUGAUCAGCUUAACCGGCGGGGACACGUCUGGACAGUCUUCGGCUAACGAGACGCUUUUUGCGCUGGUCCCACAGGAACUUCAUAGGUUCCUGAAAGAACGGCGUAAUGCGUCUUUGACGUCAAGCAAUGGAACUUCUGGCACGCUAACGGAUCUUGAAAUCGAGGAAAUUCGUCGUAACAUCGAUCGGAUAAACUUCGAGCAAAAGGUUUACAAUGAGGAAGCGUUUGGUCCACUUGCCGCUGAUGCACCGAUCAUCGUCGUCCAAGUUCACGUUAGGUUGACCUACUUGAGGCACCUGAUCGUCUCUCUGGCACAAGCCAGGGGCAUAGAACAGGCUCUUCUUGUUUUUAGUCAUGACGUGUGGAAUCCGGACAUCAAUUACUUAGUUCAGAGCGUUGACUUCUGUCGUGUCAUGCAAAUAUUUUAUCCACAUAGCAUACAAACGCAUCCUAGAACUUUUCCCGGUGAAGAUCCGAAUGACUGUCCGAGAAACAUUCACAAGGAACAAGCCUUGUAUUUAAAAUGUAUCAACGCGAAGCAUCCAGAUCUUUAUGGUCAUUAUCGGGAGGCAAAGUUUACACAAACGAAGCAUCACUGGUGGUGGAAAGCCAAUAAGGUCUUCGAUCAAUUAACAAUAACGAAAAAUCAUACGGGUAUGGUCCUAUUCCUUGAGGAAGAUCACUACGUAGCUGAAGACUUUCUUCAUGUGUUGAGACUAAUGGAACGCACCUGUAAACACAGCUGUGAACGUUGCAACGUUCUUUCCUUGGGUACAUACCUCAAGACCUACAACUAUUUCGCUGACUUCAGUCGUAAAUUCCUUGGCGUAAACGGCGCCUUACAAAAGGAACUACUACAUGGAUUAAAGAAGCACGAAUCACCGGGACUGCAGAAUCCUCUCAUCAGUAGCAGUAUUACCAGCAGCAUCGGCAGUAGCAGCAGUAACAGCGAUAGCAGCAGUAGCAGUAUCAGCAGCAGCAGCAGCAACAACAACAAUAACAACGUUGCUGUUGGCAACGUCGUUGGAGGACAAACUGUUGCUGGAGUGUCGACCUAUCAGAGUUCUCAAAUGGUGCAUGCUGCACCUUCUUGGGCUUUCCAGCUCUUACCAAGUCUCUACACCCACUAUCAGAAGGCUGAGGUAAUACCCUGGAUAUCGAGUAAACACAAUAUGGGUAUGGCCUUUAAUCGGGUCACGUGGAACAAACUGAGAAAGUGUGCCGCUCAAUUCUGCUCGUAUGACGAUUACAAUUGGGAUUGGAGUCUUCAGCAUAUCGCUCAAACUUGUUUACCACCGAGCAAAGGGGCCGGUGCUGCACCACGCAUUGAUUCCGGCCUGAUUACUAUGAUGAUGAGAGCUCCCAGAGUCUUCCACAUUGGUGAAUGCGGUGUUCAUCACAAGAAGAAUAAUUGCGAGUCAACGGCGGUUAUAGCAAAAGUUCAAAAUGUAUUGAGAGCUGCUAGGGAUCAUCUAUUUCCAUCGCAAUUAACCUUAACGGUUGCUGGUCUGGCAAAAAAGACUAAAUUGAGGAAAGGUAACGGCGGAUGGGGAGAUGUUAGGGAUCAUCAGCUCUGUUGGAAUAUCACGAUGUACCCGGACCUUGUCCUGCCUUAAAACAUUUCAUCAAAAACAAAAUAAAUAAAGAAACAUAAAGAACAUCCCAAAUAGGGUGUUCAUCAUUAUAAAAGACAACGUACUAUUACAUACUACUUAAAAAAAAAAAAAAAAAAGAAACAGAAAAGAAAUUUAGAUGCCAGCUGUACUUACCAAUUGAUUGUUCGUAUAUUCCAACACUUGUUGUCAUCGACACACAGGAAUCGUUUCUAUAUCGUUUCAUAAAUCGGAUCAGUGAACGUGUUGGUCCAAGAAAAGACUCUAUUUCUACGAUACGAACUCGAUUUUUGUUAAGUAUCGAGCUUGUUAUUUUAAAUAUGCGUCUUUCAAAUCGUGAUCUCUGGAAUGAGAAGAAAAAAACAAACCAACAAAUAUGUCUAUCGAAAUUUGUAUGAAUGUACGUCACCAUAGUGUAUAUCUGCAAAUGAGAAUAACGAAUUUAUAGUAUACAUAUAUAUAAUAUAUAUGUAAACAUAUUUAUAUAUGUGUGUGAGUGUGUGUAUUGAGAGCUAAAAAAGCUUUCUAUAUUUCGUUAAAACAAAAAAAAAUGGCGGAUAUCACUAAAACGUGAUUACUACUCACAUGAGGAUUACGUUUCCUCCUAUUACGUUUAGAUAAAUUGUUGAGUGUUAAUAAAUCCUUCCUAAUUUGAAAAACACGACGUUGACAUCACUGCGAGAGAAUCGUUAACAAAAAAAAGAUUAAUAUAAAACAUAAAGUUUAACUAUUAAAGAUGAUGAUGAUGAUGAUGAUGAUGAAUUCCACCCCCAUACGAUUUAUCGAUUCUUUCCCAAUUAAAAAUCGUGAUUUUUCAAUGCUGACAUUUGUUAUUAAUAGUUAUGUAAACAAUUAAUUGUUAUAUUAGUGACUUAUAUAAAAAAACAAAAUAAUCGUUGUUUAACGUAUCUCAACACCAUGUAAUACGUUCCUAUUUUUCGAUGAUACACAACUUUCAAGAAGAAAUGGAAGUUUGUAACAAGAAAUGUGUUUUUUGUGUCCUUUGGCAUGGAGUAGGAGGAAGAUGAAGAAGAGGAUGAUAAAUAAUAAUAAUUAUUGUUUAACAAUUUUGCAUCGAAGAGUAUAGUCGGGCCAGCAAAGAGACUUUUUCAAAGAAUUUCGAGUUUCCGAAAGUCACACAUAGGCCGAAGUUUGCCCCGAAAUGCGCACAUACAUUGUAACUCUAGUCACAAUAAACAUUUGACGAUAUUUCAUUCCAUU